AUGGUUUCUGCCAAGCUCAUCACCGUUAUCAUGGCCACGGCCGCAAGUGCUGCUCCUCACUUUGCCUUGCGAAGCCAAUAUGGGAAUGGCACUAGGCGGUCUGUAGACCAUAACCUGGCUGGCGAUGAAAUGCUCGUUUACAAGGACGGCAAUGUGGAGGUUGUCAACGAGAAGCAAUGGCUCGCCCUUCUCGAGAGCGAGGGUAUCAACCCGGAGACCCCCAAGUUCCCCCAAAAAUGGCUCGACAGUGCCAACCACCUUGCACCUACUCCAUUCAACGAGACCUCCGACUCCAACCUCCACACUCGUGACUGCUCCAAUACCUUCUCCAUCACAACCGACAAGACGGAGCGCUUCGUCAACUGGGAUGUGCAAAUGGCUCCCGUCGUUAUUGGCUUUGGCAAGGGCAUCGAUGUUUCCGUCGCCUCUUCGUACUCAGUCGCAAAUAGUGUAUCUGGCAGCGCUGGUAUUGACAUCAAGGCUAUCAAGGACCGUCUGGGUGCAAGCUUUGGCGUUGACUACACCCGCACUUGGACGACAACGGCUACCACGACGGUGCGCGGCACCAUUGAGGAUGGCUGGACUGGUACUGUCAUCACUCGUCCAUGGGUGAACCGCCGGUCCGGCCGUACCUUUCAGGGAUGCCCGGGCUCUCUGAAGCAGACGGGCACGUGGAUCGCUGAUUCGUACGAGGAAGGGUCCUAUGAGGGUGUGAAGUGGGUUGCUGGAGCCAUCACCGUUUGUGCCAAGCAGCAGAAGGCUAUUCCUCUUUCUCGUUGCAAUGGUGAUGGAGAUUUCAAAUAA